AUGACAACUGUGCUGUUUCUCCAGUUCCUGCUAGUGCUCAGCCUAGGACCACAGCUUGUGCCUGGGAGUCCCAGACAGCGCCUACCGAAGUACAUCUUGGAACCUCCAUCCUGCAGAUCUGAACCUGAGAGCUGCUACCAAUUAUGCACAUUGCAGGAACAUUGUCCAGAAGGACUCGAGUGCUGUUCUGCCUUCUGUGGAAUAGUCUGUUCAUUAAACAAAUCUCCAAAACACAAAAAGUAA